AAAAUUUCGAGGGGCUCAGAGCUAUGGUGGCCCCUACCUAGGUUCUACAACACCUAAGGAAAAAAAAUUCCAUAUUUCAUGAACAUGUACACAUACCCUUGAGAUUUGCCCUAGAACACAUGCAAAGAUCCACAUGCAUACAAACAUUCUCGGAUCCCUCCUUAUUUUUUAUUUUUGUCAUAUUUCUUAUAAUUUGAUCGCAGAAACCAUUAAUACAUAAAUUUCAAUGACAAUUGUAUUUUUCGAAUAUUCAAAAUUUUCAAAUUACAAUCCAUUCGAAUCACAUUCUGAAUCAUUGCUAGCAUGUAAAAAGAAUGUUCUGAAAGAAUUUAAAUCUCCUUACAAUUGGACCGUUAACUUAAUUAUGAAGAUGUAAUUGAACCAUCUAAAUUAUUUAAUUUAUUUUAAAUGCUUGAGACUGAAUCAAAUAUAAUAUUAUAAAAAAUGGAAAUUUUUUUUACCAGGCCCUAUGUAAUUAUCAAGUUCUUGCCAACUAUGAAUAAAUACGAGAAGAACAUGUGACAGCCAUUCUCCCACCGUAGACAAGAUUGUUGUUGUGAUUCAAAUUUUAAAUAAUUGUUACAGACACGUGGUGAGAGCAGCAGGCCUCACGCCUGUGUCUUCCACGCUUGCUUCGCUCGGGAUAGAGAAAAAAUAAGGAGGGAGGUGGACAGGGAGAGGUCUGGCCUGGGAGAGAUGGGCAGAGGAGGAAGAGAGGUGCAUAAGGAGGUACGUGCGCCGCUGCUAUGUGGCGUCGCUGCGCCAUCGCCGGCGCCGCCGUGGCGAAGGAACUCUGUGCGUUACUUGAAAAGAGAGUUCCUUUCGAGGCUUCCCGCCAAGGUUCGGUCCGCCGUCGAUACUGAGGACCCUUCUCGAUUCGACAUUUCAAGAACAGAAGCUUUAAGUGCAGGUGAAAAAGAAUACUAUGAAAAGCAAUUUGCUACUCUCAAAUCUUUCGAAGAGGUUGACUCCUUGAAUGAGUCCGCUAACGGUGACAAUGAUCAAGAAGAUCAAGAAAAUGCAGAUCAAAACCAGAGUGAAUUGGCUAUAAAAAUUUCCAACUAUGCAAACUUAAUUCUCCUGUUAUUAAAGAUCUAUGCUACUAUAAGAAGUGGAUCUAUCGCUAUCGCCGCAUCGACACUUGACUCUUUGUUGGAUCUCAUCGCAGGUGGAAUUCUAUGGUUUACACAUUUGUCAAUGAAGAAAGUGAACAUCUAUCAGUACCCCAUUGGAAAAUUACGUAUGCAACCAGUGGGUAUAGUUGUAUUUGCAGCUGUCAUGGCAACUUUAGGAUUUCAGGUUUUGAUUCAGGCACUUGAGAAACUGAUAGCAAAUAAACCUCCUGAAAAGUUGAGUUCCGAGCAGCUAUGGUGGUUGUAUGGAAUAAUGCUGUUUGCUAGUCUUGUAAAACUUGCUCUCUGGCUUUACUGCAGAACUUCAGGAAACAAAAUUGUUCGCGCUUAUGCCAAGGACCAUUACUUUGAUGUCAUAACCAAUGUUGUGGGCCUAGUUGCUGCUGUUCUUGGUGAUAAAUUCUACUGGUGGAUUGAUCCUAUUGGGGCUAUCAUCCUUGCAAUCUACACAAUUUCUAAUUGGUGUGGAACCGUAAUGGAAAAUGCAGUUUCACUGGUGGGUCAAUCUGCGCCGCCUGAAAUGCUGCAGAAGUUGACAUACCUUGUGAUAAGGCAUGAUCCCCAAAUCAAGCGGGUUGGCACAGUCCGAGCUUAUACUUUUGGAGUUCUCUACUUUGUGGAGGUCGACAUUGAACUGGAUGAAGAGCUGCCUUUGAAAGAAGCUCAUGCCAUAGGAGAAUCCCUGCAGAUAAAGAUUGAGGAACUGCCAGAAGUAGAGCGAGCCUUUGUGCAUCUUGACUUCCAAUGUUAUCACAAACCAGAGCAUUCCAUCGUCUGCCAGCUGCCUGAUGAUCAAGCCUAAGCAAAACUGAUUAAUUUCUAUAUUUAAGGUUUCGUUUGGUAAAUUUUCUUACUGCUUCUUAAAGCGAUUUUAUAGUACAAAAAUUAAAAUUGUUGUACUAAAAAAUUAUUUCAAGAAGCAGUAAGAAAACCGUCUCAAACGAAGUCAAAAUACGGAUAUUAGGUCACUUUUAACUAGUAAUCAAUGAGUCUUUGUGCUCGCAUUUUCAUUUCUGUAUUUAAAUGUUAGUGUUUUGGAAAUAAGGUGUGAUUCCAUUGAGGAUUUCGUGUACAUUUAUUAUGUAGUUUGUAGUUUUAAUUGGUUUAGGGCAAUUCAUAUAGAGAAUAUGAAUUGUUGAAUAGAACCUCCAUCCCUUGCUUUUUAACAGCUAA